AUGAGUCAACUGUCAGGAAAUUUGAGUCCUGGUUGUCUCCAAUCAGACGCUGGAAGAACGAUUGGUUUUGAUUUACAGCCGCUGCCGGAUGGUCUCGAGCCACCUACUUCAAUCGAGCCAGCCGUGACCGCAAUCAGUGUCUACUUGGACAAAUAUCUGUGGGUGCUAACCCGUAACGGGAGCAUCUCCUUCAACCGCGGCGAAAGUCCAUUUAGCACGCAGCUUUGCGAACGGUUAAGCAGACUUUUUACGAUCCCAAAACCACAUGUGCUUGAAGGCCCUGUCAUCAGUUGGGUGCAGGUUGUCGUUUUCGCAGGACCCUCACCUCAACACUUGAACCAAAGUGAGCCUUUGAGAGUUGGGGAUUGUACGAUUCAACUCUCGGAAGAGGAUCGCGAAUCUCUUGUCUCUGGAAGGCCAUGGCGAUUUCUCGACCCUUGGCCAGAUGAGCGGGAUUGCCAGAGAGAAUUGGCACUAGUUAACGAAGAUCUGAAAGGCCUCCGCAGAGUGAAAGAUAUUCUUUCGAAAGCCGUCGAAUCACUCGAUCAUGUGGAGCGGGAGCUCUCAUUUCGUGGAGAUCUCCUCUCUCAAACUCCGAAUGCACAACCCCAGCCGAGCGCUUUUGAAUCUCGUACUUCAUCUGAUAUCAGCGCUAUUGAGCACAUCGCAGCAAGAAGGGUAGAGCCAUCCGUAAGGAAAGACGCUUCAGCAGACGAAUCGAUUGGUCAAGAAUACAAUGUGGAAGCAGCCACAGGUUCCCUCAAUAAUCCGCCACACGAACCUCGGAAUUCCUCGAAACCCAAUGGAUCUGGACAUUUGAAUUUGGCAGCGGAAGAAGAUGACAUUGGUGUGUCCCAGCUGUCAGCAUGCGAAGUCAGCGAUUGCGACUGUUUCGAAUCUCAGGCGACUAAAGACCUAGCCCAGCAUGAUUCACGAGACAAAUUGCUAAGUACACCGACGCCCAUUUCCCCGUUCAUUCAGAAACUGGUUGAGUAA